GUAGAGGCAAACACACACUCACACUCACACACGCAAACCAGAAGGAUCCUCUGUUUGUUAUGGUUCCAUCGACCGAGUGACGCAUGCCCACAUCCUCUUUCGCUCAGCAUCCCCCGCCUCCUUCCAGAUCCCCAUAGUAACGCACUGGAGGAGAGGAGCUUAGUAACGAGGAGAGAGACCCGCCGUGGAUAUGUCGAGCUGCGCCCGGGCUGACUGAGACAAGUGGUGGUUUAGGCUGCAUUAUACACCGGAACGACGCAAGGUUACAUCGUUCCUGGUAUCUGCGGACGCUGAAUUACUCGUGCACAUUACAGCCACCUUUUUGAAUCCGUCUCCGGAUCUUCUUCGCCGGGAUGAAGUUCGUCGUGGUUCUCGUAGCCGCGGGCACGGUGGCCUUCCUCGGCGCGGUCAUCUGCAUCAUCGCCAGCGUGUAUCCUCGGAAGAUCGUGGCUCCGGGUGUCGACAACGGCACCCUGGCGCCCGAGAGGUUUGACGCCCUCGCCCCGGGCGCCGUGGCUCAUGCCGGGCCACUGGGCGCUCUCCAGGGUGGUGGUGGGUCAUUCGACGGAGGAAACAGCCUGGGAGGAAUCGGCUUUGACGUCCCCACUCUGAAUGAGCUCGGCACAGGGGACGUGGCCGGAGUAGGGUCCGCCAAGACGUUUAGCUUCAAUCGCUUGAUCUGCACUCCGGUUCCGGUUGGAGAAUGUAACCACAAGAUCUUUCGGCAGCAGCAGCAGCCACAGGCGGACGACCCGUGGGCUGUGGACGAGGAAUCGGUCAACCUCCGGACCACGGCGAAAGACCUCCGGCAGAUGGUGGGCCAGCAGAACGAACAGAUCCUCAUGGACAAGCAGACCAUCCGCGAGCUUACCGGGAAACUGAACGAGUGCGAGAGUGACCUCGAGGACGACAAGAACGUGCCCGAGCGCAGCGUGGGACCGUGGAGCAGCAACCGCCGUUUCAUGGCGGGAGAUGACGUUAGCUCCUCGGCGGCGGCUCAGCUGCAGACGGCGCGGGCCGUUGAGGAGCUGGAGCGGGCCAUCAUGGAUCUGAAGGACCGCAUCGAGAAACUGGAGGCAGAGAUCGGCCCGGCUGCGUUGAACCUCACCGACACAUCCGCCAGCACCACCAGUAGCAGCGGCGCUAGCAACACCGGCAGUUCUAGCAACAGCGGCGGCAAUAGCAACAGCGGCAGCGUCACCGUCAGCCGGACGACCGCCCCCCCGGCCGCGCCCGGGGCCUCCGGCCCGGGGGCCCCCGGUUCCGGAGGGCGGCGCCCCGCGGCCCGACCCGCGCCCCAGGGCGGGAGCUCCGGGCGGGGGGGCAAGGGCCCCUGGAAGGUGGGCGAUCUGGAGGGGGAGCUGGAGAGGAAGAUCAAGCUGCUGGAGAAGGAGCGUCAGACCAUGAGGAAGGAGAGCCAGGGCCACCGGGACAACAUCGACAAGGGCCUGGAGACCGUGGACCACCGCCUGGCCGAGCUAGAGCACACGAUGACAGAGCUCUCCUUCCCCGACGGCUUUGUGAUCUCCUUCCCUAUACGGACCAACCAGAUGUACGGCAUGGUGAGGAAGGAGAUGCCCGAGAUGUACGCCUUCACCGCCUGCCUGUGGCUGAAGCCCAAGGAGGGUGGCAUCGGGACCCCCUUCUCCUACUCAGUCCCUGGGCAACCCAACGAGCUGGUCCUGCUGCAGGGGGUCCACAACCCUGUGGAGCUGCUCAUCAACGACAAGGUGGCGCAGCUGCCCCUGUCUCUGCUGCAGAAUGAGUGGCAGCACGUCUGUGUGAGCUGGACGCUCCGGGACGGGGUGUGGAAGGCCUUCCAGGGCGGCAAGAUGAAGGGCAGGGGAGAGGGGCUGGCCGCCUGGCACCCCAUCAAGCCCGGGGGGGUACUCAUCCUGGGGCAGGAGCAGGACACCCUGGGUGGACGGUUCGACGCCUCCCAGGCGCUGGUGGGGGAGCUGUCCCAGUUCAACCUGUGGGACCGGGUGCUGAAGCCCGCGGAGGUGGCCGCCCUGGCCGACUGCAGCUCCCCCGUCCUGGGCAACAUCGCCCCCUGGACCGACCUGGACGUGGACGUCUACGGUGGGGCGAUCAAGGAGUCCCUGGACCCCUGCCACGCCGCCCAGAGGACCAACCCCAAGGGACACAAACAGUGAGGGGAGACGGAGGGGGGAGACGUCCAGAGGAGGGGAAGGGGGUGAGGGAGAGAUGGGAGAGCUGGAGACAUUGGGGCAGGUGAUUGUAGUGAGCUUAAAGAGGGGCAUGAGGUGUAGGUGGUUUCCAUUGGGUUUGGGAAACGGGUGGUGGAAGAUUCAGCGGUCUCUCUAAACUAACUAGAUUCAUUAAGAUCAUUUAUGUUGACAUAUUUUAUCUGAAUACACGUUUGUGUUCGACGAGUAACAAGUUGGAAGGGUUGAAAUAUAACCAUGUAAUCGAACACCUAUCUUAGGCUAUAACCUUGUCCUUCAUCUAGGAUCCUGUCUCAAACAAAGGCAUACUAAUUUAAUUAGGAUCAGACAAUAAACUUAAUGUAGAUUGCUUAUAUCACGUGUUGGAGUGUUGGAGUUUGUCAACUUUGCGAGCCAAGAUGGCAGAAGGUCGAAGGUCUAUUGAAUCCAUCCCUCUUAGUUUUAUUGAUUUUCCGAUACCUUUGGUGAGGAAAGGUCACCCAAAGUGUGAAGGAUUUUGUUUUGUUUAGCUCUCACAUCACACACAAGUGGUUCCUUGAGAUUCAGUCACACCUCCUGGGUCACCUGAGGACAGGCAGCAUGAACGUACGCGGUAUUGAUGCCAGAAGUGUAUUAUACGAUUUGUAUUUGUUAUGCGUAAUAGUUGGUCUGAUUGUUUGGCAUUUUUGUAUUGUUUUUUUAUUGGUUUGAUUGUAUUGGUUGACUGUAGGUUUUAUCUAAUAGUAAUAGAUCUACCGUUAUGGGUUUCACUGUUAUCUACUUUGUCAGGGUCGACAUGUGCUUUGCCAACAGUUUUACCUGUGAGCUGUGGGUGAAAUAGGUGUAAGCUGGUGACGGAUGCCAUAGAAGAGGUGUAUUUAAAAAAAAUACUCUGGGCGAUUUUAGAAACGCACCUGUGUUUCCAGACCGCCUCAGUUCCAAAAUGGACGUGAAAGAAAUCUCAUGAGGUCCAGACACCCUGGAGGGGACAAAAUGCCCCAGAAAUAUGUUUUGGGGGAUUUUUUGUAAUGUUUUUUUUGUGCUUAGUUGCUUAAGUUUAUGCUGAAUUGUGAAUUACAUUCUGAGAUAUCACCUCAUCAUAACUUUGCUAUAUUUAUUCACUUUGAUACUCAAAGAUGAGCACUAUGUUUGCUUGAUAUUGUUUAUUUUUUACGUGUUGGGUGAUGUUUGUGUGCUUUGAUUUUUUUAUACACUGUGUGCAGCAUUGAUUUCUCAGUGCAGUGUCGUUGUUUAUUUAUGUAUUUCAUUUAUACACGUUCUGUGGUUUAACGUAUAACUGCUACAGUCUCUUUGUGCUGUUCCCUGCCCUUGCUAUAAAACAUCUCAUCCACAUAAUGCCCACUCUACUCUUUUUAUCUCCACAUUCCUCUACAUUUGCCGUGCCUCUCAAUUGGAUCUGAAAACAUGUAUCUUAGCCUCUGCACCGAUGCCAUUGCCUACCAAAGCACUCAUGCUGUACCCCACCAAACUGUGACCAUGUUUGGCUUCCCUUGGUUGGGUGCCCUGAGAUCUAAACUCGGGUGAGGUGUAACAUGCACGAGCAUGAACGUGCACCCUUCUGCGUGCACGAGCGUGGAGGGCCUGAUAGAUCUUUUAUACUUCACGGCAUACUGGAGAGAGCAGUAGACUUCCAUCCUCCGCACAGUCUGAGCACCACGGCUCCUUGGCCCUUUUAUACACCCACUGGUGUUACAUAUUGAAUAACAAAUAAAGUGGGAAAAGAGUCUAGUGUAACAUAACCGUGUAUGUUCAACUCCCUCCUCACAUGUAGGCCUACCUCACCGUUUCUGUCCCAACUGAGCAGUGACGCCUGUGUCUUCAAAGUGCCUGUUUGGGCACACAUGCCCACAACCAAAAUAUUACCCAUCAUUGCUUCCUUUCACUCUGCCUCUCGUUUUCUUCACUCCUCUUCUUCGCUCACUUCACCUCAUUCUGUCUCUCUCUCUCUUUCUCUCUCUGUCUCUCUCUCUCUCUCUUUCUCUCUCUGUCUCUCUCUCUCUGUCUCUCUCUCUCUCUCUCUCUCUCUCUCUCUCUGUCUCCCUCCCUCUGUAGUUUCUCUCACUGUCUCUUGUUUCCCUCUCUCUCUUUCUCUGUCUCUCGCUCUCUGACUACACCCACACUCUCUUGCUUUUGGUUAUUUGAUGUUAAAGACUGUGAGAUCAGUAUUGUGCUUGGCAUUAUGAACACGUCUAUGGAUCUACUGUGAUAUUGUUAAUAUGUGGACAAAGAAAUAAAGUUAUUAUAAUAAUUCAAA